AUGAAGGAAGCCGAGAAGAAGGGACUAAAUUUAAAAACAGAAAAUGCUUUACCUUAUGCAUAUACAUAUGAUCAUUUGAAGAAUGGCGGAGUUAAGGAAGAAGUUAAGAAACUUGGAGAUGUAGAGUUUCAUGCUUCAAAUGACAUUUUGUAUAAAUUAUUGCCAAAUGGUGCUGAUAAAGCAAAACUAUUUUUAGAAAUUGAGAAAACUGAAAAGAUAUUAGAAAUUCUUAAUGAAUAUGAAGGUAAGUAUGGAUAUAAAUUUGUUGACGACGAAUCCAAGAAUAACUGUGUUAGCAGAAUAAAAAGACGUCUUAAUUUGAUUGUAAUGGAAAACAUUUUAACAGAAGAAUAUUGCAAACAAGCACAGAAAUAUUUUUGGGUUGAACAAAGAUUAGAUGAGGAAAUGUCUGCUAAGGUAGAUAAACUAAAAACAGAGGAAGAGAAAAAGAAAAUGUGUCAUAAUGCAGCUGAAAUAAAAAAACUUUUAGGUUCUAUAGAAAAAGGUAGAAGUGUAAAACUUUCCGAAAAAAUGGUAGAUGGUGUUGUUAGUUCAGUAGAGAAUUUCCUUCUUGAUGUAUUAAGAACAUCCAAAAUAGUAGUACCAUCCAAGGUCUUACCCGUAGCACCCGAAGAUCCAAGCCAUAAAAAAUCAGAAAAACCAAGUCAUUUUGAACCUUUAGAUCCAAUAUAUUUUAAUCCAGAAGAUCCGAGCCAUAAAAAAUCAGAAAAACCAAGCCAUUUUGAACCUCUAGAUCCAAUAUAUUUUAAUCCAGAAGAUCCAAGCCAUAAAAAAUCAGAAAAACCAAGCCAUUUUGAACCUCUAGAUCCAAUAUAUUUUAAUCCAGAAGAUCCAAGCCAUAAAAAAUCAGAAAAACCAAGUCAUUUUGAACCUCUAGAUCCAAUAUAUUUUAAUCCAGAAGAUUCAAGCCAUAAAAAACCUGAAGUUAAAGAAAAAGAAAACUCGACUACUGAAGAUAAAAACUGA